AUGAACGGUCACACCUCUCCUUUUGACGUCCUGAUCGCCGACAGCACUGAGCAGGCCAGUGUGCCCAAAACCAUGAAGGCCAUGCUGGGAACCAGUGCCACCUCUGGGCCCCAGGCUGAGGCAACGCCAUCCUCUCAGGCCAGGAGCAUAGCUGGGGUGUAUGUAGAGACCUCAGGCCAGGCCCAGAGUUUCUACACUGCCAUGAAACAGGGUCUCCUGCCUGCGGGGCUGGGGCUGGCUCUAUUGGAGGCCCAGGCAGCCACAGGGGGCCUUGUGGAUCCUGCCCGGGGCCAGGUGCUCCCUGUGACUGAGGCCCUGCGUCAGGGCCUGGUAGGGCUGGAGCUGAAGGAGAAGCUGCUGGCCGCUGAGCGUGCAGUUACAGGCUACCCUGACCCCUAUGGGGGUGAGAAGCUGGCCCUCUUUCAGGCCAUCGGGAAGGAGGUUGUGGACAGGGCCCUGGGGCGGAACUGGCUGGAGGCCCAGCUGGCCACUGGCGGCUUGGUGGACCCUGCCCGGGGCAUGCGAGUGGCUCCAGAGCCAGCCUGCCAGCAGGGCCUCCUGGAUCAGAAUACGUGGCACUGCUUAUUGGAGCCCAGCAUGGGUGUCCCAGGUUUCCUUGACCCCAACACACUGGAGCGGCUGACAUACUGUAAGCUGCUGGAAAGGUGUGUGCAGGCCCCCGGCUCAGGGCUGGCCCUGCUGCCUCUCAAGAUCACUUUUCGCUCCUUGGGUGGAGCGGUAAGUGCCACUGAACUGCUGGAGGCAGGCAUUCUGGACAAGGAGGCUGUGCGGGGCCUGCAGGAGGGCAGGCUGGCUGUGGCAGAUGUAAGCAUGCAAGCUGAGGUGCGGCGCUACCUAGAGGGUACUGGCAGCAUGGCGGGAGUCAUCGUGCUGCCUGAAGGCCACAAGAAAAGCUUCUUCCAGGCUGCCACCGAGCACCUGCUUCCAAUGGGCACUGUACUUCCGCUUCUGGAGGCUCAGGCUGCCACUCAUACUCUGGUGGAUCCUGCCACAGGCCGGCAGCUGUGGGUGGACGAGGCAGUCAGGGCAGGCCUGGUUGGCCCAGAGCUUCACGAGCAGCUGCUUGUCGCCGAGCAGGCUGUGACAGGAUAUCAUGACCCCUUCAGUGGCUCCCGAGUCCCCCUCUUCCAGGCCAUGAAGAAGCAGCUGGUGGACAGGCCACUGGCACUGCGGCUCCUGGAUGCUCAGCUGGCCACAGGUGGGCUGGUCUGUCCAGCCCGCAGGCUCCGACUGCCCCUGGAGGCUGCCCUGCGCUGCAGCUGCCUGGAUGAAGACACUCAACAGGAGCUCUCCCAGCUUGCCAGUUUCUCAGACCCUAGCACACAUGGCAGCCUGCACUAUGAACAGCUGCUGGCCCGCUGUAUCACCGACCCAGAGACGGGGCUUGCCUUCCUGCCCCUCUCAGUGGGGCCUAGUGGAGAGGAGCCCCAGAGACUCCCUUUUAUUGAGUACCACACUCGGCAGGCCCUGAAUGCAACUACAACCACUGUCACUGUAGGGAAAUUCCAGGGCCGGCCCACAUCCCUCUGGGAGCUGCUCUUCUCUGAGGCCAUCCCAGUGGAGCAGAGGGCAACGCUGGUCCAGCAGUACCAGGAAGGGACCCUCUCAGCAGAGGAGCUGACUUCCAAGCUGACCACCAUCACAGAGAAGGCUGCAGCCACUGCCAAGGUCACCUUCUCUGGGUUGAGGGACACUGUAACACCAGGAGAGCUGCUGAAAGCUGAGAUCAUCAACCAGGACCUGUAUGAGCAGCUGGAACGUGGGCAGGCCACAGCCCAGGAUGUGGGAAGACUGGACUCAGUGCAGAGAUACCUUCAGGGCACGGGCUGCAUUGCAGGUCUGCUGCUGCCCAGCUCUCAGGAGCGGCUCAGCAUCUAUGAGGCCCGCAGCAAGGGGCUGCUCCGGCCUGGCACCGCCCUCAUCCUCCUUGAAGCGCAAGCUGCCACAGGCUUCAUCAUUGACCCAAAAGAAAACAAGAGGCACUCUGUUGAGGAGGCACUGAGGGCCGGUGUCAUUGGGCCUGACAUGUAUGCAAAGCUGCUGUCAGCUGAACGCGCUGUCACCGGUUACACUGACCCCUAUACCGGAGAGCAGAUCUCCCUCUUCCAGGCCAUGCAGAAGGACCUCAUUGUCCGGGACCACGGCAUCCGUCUGCUGGAGGCUCAGAUUGCCACGGGUGGCAUCAUCGAUCCUGUGCACAGUCACCGUGUGCCCGUGGAUGUGGCCUACCAGCGUGGCUACUUCGACCAGAUGCUGAACUUGAUCCUGCUGGACCCCUCUGAUGACACCAAGGGCUUCUUCGACCCCAACACACAUGAGAAUCUCACCUACCUGCAGCUGCUGGAGCGCUGUGUGUGCGACCCUGAAACAGGCCUAUACCUCCUGCCACUCAGCAGCACGCGGCCCCAGCUGGUGGAUGGCACUACACGUCAGGCCUUCCAGAACUUGCUGCUGUCCGUGAAGUACGGACGGUUCCAGGGGCAGAGGGUAUCUGCCUGGAAGCUGAUCAACUCAGAAUACUUCAAUGAGAAUCGCAGGAGGCAGCUACUGCGGCGCUACCAGCUGCGCAAGGUCACACUGGAGCAGGUGAUGCAGCUGCUGGAAGCAGAGAUGAGGAGGUGGGCAGAUGUCACUUUUCCUACACUGCAGGGCCGGGUCACUGCCUACCAGCUGCUGGAGGCCCACAUCAUCGAUCAGCAGCUCUUGGAUCAAGUGCUGGAGGGGAUAGUCAGCUCUGAGACCCUUCUUCGCAUGGACAGUGUUCAUAGGUACCUGCGUGGCUCGGGCACCGUGGGUAGUGUGCGGUUGCCACUCUCUGACCAGCAGCUUAGCCUCUACCAGGCCAUGAAGCAGAAGCUACUGGGGCCCAGUGUGGCCCUGGCCCUGCUAGAGGCUCAGGUAGCCACUGGAACCAUCAUGGACCCUCACAGCCUGGAAAGCCUCUCAGUGGAUGAGGCUGUGCGCAGGGGUGUGGUGGGGCCAGAACUGUAUGGCAGACUGAAGUGGGUAGAGGGCGCCGUUAUUGGCUUCAGAGACCCCUUUUCUGGGAAGCGGGUAUCCCUGUUCCAGGCCAUGAAGAAGGGCCUUAUCCCUUCAGAGCAAGCUGCCCGCCUCCUGGAGGCUCAGGUGGCCACGGGAGGGGUCAUUGACCCCAUGGACCACUACCACCUUCCCAUGCCAGUGGCUAUCCAGCGUGGCUACAUUGACCAAGAAAUGGAGACAGCCUUGUCCGGCUCCUCUGAGACCUUCCCCACCCUGGAUGGCCGGGGACACACCAGCUAUGCCCAGCUUCUAGAGCAGUGUCCCAGGGACAAGGCCUCUGGCCUUCGCCUCCUGCCCCUGCCAGAAAAUGCUCCUAUCAUCCUCACUAACGAGCAAGUCCAGGAGACCCUGCAGGCCACACCGGGAGGUGAAGAUGGCACAUCCCUCUGGGACCUGCUCAGCUCCUACCACUUCACUGAGGAGCAGCGGAGGGGCUUUCUGGAGGAUGUCCGGGAGGGGAGGACUACUGUACCACAGCUGCAUGCAGCCCUGUGGAGGUGUGUGAAGGAGGCCGAGCUCCUGGCCCAGGCCCGCAUCACAGUUGCUGGCCCGCGGGGUGAUAUCCCCGCUGUCUGGCUGCUGGACAAUGACAUUAUCACCCAGGACACCCUAGAGGCCCUGACUCAGGGCACACUGUCACCCGCCAAGGUGGCUGAGCAGCCGGCGGUGAAGGCCUGCCUGUGGGGCACAGGCUGUGUGGCUGGUGUACUGCUGCAGCCCUCCGGAGUCAAGGCCAGCAUCACUCAGGCCAUGAGAGACGGCCUCCUUCCUGUGGGCCUGGGCCAAAGGCUGCUGGAGGCCCAGGUGGCAUCCGGCUCCCUUGUUGACCCUCUGACAAACCAGAGACUGACAGUGCAAGACGCAAUCAAGUCAGGCCUGGUGGGCAAGGAACUGAGUGAGCGUCUCAGGCAGGCUGAGAGGGCUGUGGCUGGGUACACAGACCCCUACUCAGGGGGUUCCCUCUCACUGUGGCAGGCUAUGGAGAAGGGGCUUGUGCCCCAGAGUGAGGGCUUCCCCCUUCUGCAGGUGCAGCUGGCCACAGGGGGCAUGGUAGACCCUGUCCAUGGGGUACACCUGCCCCAGACAGUGGCCUGUAGGCUUGGCCUCUUGGACACACAGACGAGCCAGGUGCUGACCACAAUGGACGAAGACAACAAGUUCUUCUUCGAUCCCAGCACACGGAACAAGGUGACCUACCAGCAGCUCAAGGAGCUUUGUGUGCAGGAUGCUGAGACGGGCCUGUGGCUCCUGCCCCUCCCCCAAGAUAUGGAGCUAGAGGUGGAUGAACAUACCACAGUGGCACUGAGGGCCAUGAAGGUACCCAUCAGCACAGGGAGAUUUCAAGGAUGCAGUGUGUCACUCUGGGACCUGCUGCGUUCUGAGUAUGUUAGUGCCGACAAGCGGCAGGAGCUGGCGGCGCUCUGUCGGUCUGGGAGGGCUGCAGCCCUGCGGCAGGUGGUCAGUGCAGUCACUACCCUGGUGGAGGCCAUGGAGAAACAGCCCCCACAGGCUACCUUCAGAGGGCUCCGGAAGCAAGUGUCGGCCAGGGACCUGUUCAGGUCCCAGCUUAUCAGCAAGAAGACUCUGGAUGAGCUGAACCAGGGGAAGAAGACUGUGCAGGAGGUGACGAAGAUGGAAAGCGUGAGACGGUCCCUGGAAGGAGGCAAUUUCAUUGCUGGGGUCCUCAUCCAGGGCACCCAGGAGAGGAUGAGCAUCCCAGAGGCCCUGAGGAGGCACAUCCUGCGUCCUGGCACAGCACUGGUGCUGCUGGAGGCACAGGCAGCCACUGGCUUCAUCAUUGACCCAGUAGAGAACCAGAAGCUGACUGUGGAGGAAGCAUUUGAGGCAGGGAUGUUUGGCAGAGAAACCUACAUGAAACUGCUAUCAGCUGAGCGUGCCGUCACCGGCUACACUGACCCCUACACUGGGGAACAGAUCUCUCUCUUCCAGGCCAUGCAGAAGGAGCUCAUUGUCCGAGACCAUGGCAUCCGCCUGCUGGAGGCCCAGAUUGCCACCGGUGGCAUCAUUGACCCUGUACACAGUUACCGUCUGCCCGUAGAUGUGGCCUACCAGUGUGGCUUCUUUGACGAGGAGAUGAACCGCAUCCUGGCGGACCCAAGUGAUGAUACCAAGGGCUUCUUCGACCCCAACACACAUGAGAACCUCACUUACCUGCAGCUGCUGGAGCGCUGUGUGGAGGACCCUGAGACAGGCCUGUACAUGCUACAAAUCAUAAAGAAAGGAGAAACCUAUAUGUAUAUUGAUGAAGCCACAAGGCAAGUUCUACAAUCCAGAACCACAAAAAUGCAUGUGGGGUGGUUUGCCAACCAGAUGGUCUCAUUCUGGGACUUACUGUCCUCUCCAUACUUUACAGAGGACAGGAAGCGGGAGCUCAUCCAGGAGUACAAAGCCCAGGGUGGGGGCCUAGAGAAAUUGCUGGAGAUCAUCACCACAACAAUCGAGGAAACAGAAAAGCAAAACCAAGUUAUCAAGGUGGCAGCCAUCAGAGGCGAGGUGACAGCUGCAGAGCUAUUCAACUCUGGGAUCAUUGAUAAAAAAACCCUGGAUACACUUCACAGGGGGAAGAGUGGAGGCCAGGACCUCAGCAAACUGGAGCAUGUGAAGGCCUACCUGGAAGGGAGCGGCUGCAUUGCUGGGGUGACCAUAGCUUCCACCCAGGAGGUCAUAAGCUUCUAUGAGGCCUGCAGAAAAGAUCUUAUCCCUGCAGGGUUUGCAGCUCGUCUACUGGAGGCACAGGCUGCCACUGGGUUCUUGCUAGACCCACACAGCCAUAAGAGGCUCUCUGUGGAUGAGGCCGUGGCUGGUGGCCUGGUGGGUGAGGAACUUCAGGAAAGACUGUUAAAUGCUGAGAAGGCUGCCACAGGCUACAGGGACCCAGCCACAGGAGAUCUGAUCUCACUGUUCCAGGCCAUGCAAAAGAAGCUAGUUGAGAGGGAGGAAGCGCUGAGGCUGCUGGAGGUGCAGAUGGCAACAGGAGGUAUCAUUGACCCACAGCACCACCACCGACUCCCACUAGAAACAACCUACAAACGUGGCUGUCUGCACAAGGACAUAUAUGCGCUUGUUUCUGAUCAGAAGCACAUGAAGAAAAGGUUUGUGGACCCAAACACCCAGGAGAAGGUCACAUACCAGGAGUUGCAGGAGAGGUGCCGGAGGCAGGAAAAGACUGGCUGGGCUCUGUUCCUUUUGGCCCAGGAUGCACAGGACUCGAAGUACAUCGACAAGGCAACCAGAAGGGCCCUAGAGGCAGAGCAGGUGGAAAUAAUGGUGGGAAGAUUCAGAGGCCAGAGACCUACAGUGUGGGAGCUGCUAAACUCAGAAUAUGUGACAGAGGAAAAAAAACUAGAACUGGUAAGGAUGUACAAAAGUGAUACAAGCCGAGCACUAGAGAAGGUUGUGCAAAUUCUUUUAGACAUCAUUGAAGAGCAGGAAAAGAAGAUGAGACGCCUAUGGUUUCGGGGAAUUAGAAGACAAAUCACAGCCUCUGAGCUCCGGAGCUCAGACAUCAUCACGACAGAAAUGCUGAAAGACUUGGAAACAGGAAGAAGCACAGUGCAACAGCUCAAAGAAGAUGAACAAGUAAAACGCUACCUGGAGGGUACUGGCUGCAUCACGGGCGUCCUGGUGCCCGCCAAGGAUGAGCCCGGGCGCCAGGAGAAGAUGAGCAUCUACCAGGCCAUGUGGAAGGGCGUGCUGCGGCCCGGCACGGCCCUGGUACUGCUGGAGGCACAGGCGGCCACGGGCUUCGUCAUCGACCCGGUGCGCAACCUGAGGCUGUCGGUGGAGGAGGCUGUGGCCGCAGGCGUGGUGGGCGGCGAGAUCCAGGAGAAGCUGCUGUCGGCCGAGCGCGCCGUCACCGGUUACACCGACCCCUACUCCGGGGAGCAGAUCUCCCUCUUCCAGGCCAUGCAGAGGGACCUCAUCGUCCGGGACCACGGCAUCCGCCUGCUGGAGGCCCAGAUCGCCACGGGCGGCGUCAUCGACCCCGUGCACAGCCACCGCGUGCCCGUGGACGUGGCCUACCAGCGUGGCUACUUUGAUGAGGAGAUGAACCGCAUCCUGGCCGACCCGAGCGAUGACACCAAGGGCUUCUUCGACCCCAACACGCACGAGAACCUCACCUACGUGCAGCUGCUGCGCCGUUGCGUGCGUGACCCGGACACGGGGCUGUUUAUGCUGCAGCUGGCAGGCCGGGGCUCUGUCGUGCACCAGCUGAGUGAGGAGCUGCGCCGUGCCUUGCGCGAUGCCCGCGUGCUACUGGGCUCCAGUGCCCUCCAGGGCCAAAGCGUCUCAGUGUGGGAGCUCCUCUUCUACCGCGAGGUGUCCGAGAGCCUGCGCCAAGACCUGCUGCGCAGAUACCAGGAAGGGACGCUGACCGUGCAGGAGCUGGGCGCCACCCUCACCUCGCUGCUUUCCCAGGCCGGGGACGGGAGCCCGCGCCCGGACCCUCGGGAGGCCCUGCGUGCGACCACCAUGGAGGUCAAGGUGGGCCGCCUCCAGGGGCGUGCGGUGUCCGUGUGGGACGUGCUGGCAUCCAGCUAUGUGAGCGGGGUCACCCGGGAGGAGCUGCUGGCCCAGUUCAGCUCAGGGACGCUGACUUUGCCCAUGCUGACCCAACGGCUGACCACCAUCAUCGAGGAGGCCGAGGACUCCUUGCGCAGCUCACGGGCACCAGGGACACCUGGGAACGGGGAUGGCAGCCCUGGGCCAACCCCAGAUGGGGCCGAGGUCACCGCCCGCCGCCAGGAGCAGGCCCUGCGUGCUGCCACCAUGGAGGUGCAGGCCGGGCAUUUCCGGGGACAGCCCGUCUCAGUGUGGGACGUCCUCUUCUCCUCGUACUUGCGCGAGGUUCACCGCAAUGAGCUCCUAGCACAGCACGCGGCUGGUUCCCUGGGGCUGCCCGACCUCAUCGCUGUCCUCACCCGGCUUGUCGAGGAGACCGAGGAGCGGCUCAGCAAGGUGUCCUUCCGCGGCCUGAGGCGCCAGGUGUCCGCCACCGAGCUGCGCACAUCUGGGAUCCUGGGCUCCGAGACCCUACGGGACCUGGCCGAGGGCACGAAGACGCUGCAGGAGGUGACGGAGAUGGACUCGGUCAAGCGCUACCUGGAGGGCACCAGCUGCAUCGCGGGUGUCCUGGUGCCCGCCAAGGACGAGCCCGGGCGCCAGGAGAAGAUGAGCAUCUACCAGGCCAUGUGGAAGGGCGUGCUGCGGCCCGGCACGGCCCUGGUGCUGCUGGAGGCGCAGGCGGCCACGGGCUUCGUCAUCGACCCGGUGCGCAACCUGAGGCUGUCGGUGGAGGAGGCCGUGGCCGCGGGCGUGGUGGGCGGCGAGAUCCAGGAGAAGCUGCUGUCGGCCGAGCGCGCUGUCACCGGCUACACCGACCCCUACUCCGGGGAGCAGAUCUCCCUCUUCCAGGCCAUGCAGAGGGACCUCAUCGUCCGGGACCACGGCAUCCGCCUGCUGGAGGCCCAGAUCGCCACGGGCGGCGUCAUCGACCCCGUGCACAGCCACCGCGUUCCCGUGAAUGUGGCCUAUCAGCGCGGCUACUUCGACGAGGAGAUGAACCGCAUCCUGGCCGACCCGAGCGACGACACCAAGGGCUUUUUCGACCCCAACACUCAUGAGAACCUCACCUAUAUGCAGCUUUUGCAACGAGCCUCAUUAGAUUCUGAGACUGGAUUUUUAUUUCUCUCCCUUUCUGGGAGAUGA